UCAUUCGCCCGCGUGCAGUUUUGAUUUGUAGCUUUUCCCGUACCCUGCAUCUUGUUUUGGCUUCUGUCACUCUUUCUCGAGAAGAAGGUACACGACUUGUACAAUCGUUGGAGAAAGCAAGGCCCUGGUUGACCGGUCUGACCUAGAGCUUGAGCAAAAAUUAAUCGCAGGGCUCACGGAGUAAAUACUUCGAGACGGUGGUAAUCAGGCGCUGGCUUUGCGGAAGAUAGCUAGCCCAGACGGUGUUGGAUCUCCAGGAAAAUAUUGUAUUCCUUCCCGACUGGCUUUACCUGGAGAGAGUGCCUUUGCGAGCAGUCCACUAUGCCUAAACAUGGCCUCAGCGUGGAGGAGAAGAGGAAGCGUCUCUUGCAGUUGCUUUUUGAAAAAAAAGAUUUCUUCCAGCUGAAGGAGCUGGAGAAGAUGGCUCCGAAAGAGAAAGGAAUCACCACGCAGAGCGUCAAGGAUGUUCUGCAGAGCUUAGUGGACGAUGCUAUGGUGGAUACGGAUCGCAUCGGCACUUCUAACUAUUUCUGGGCUCUUCCCAGCAAGGCUGCCACUGCUAAGCGUAACAAGCUUGCCCGUGCCAAGGAGUCCCUGCAAACGUAUCGCAAGAAGAGAACAACGUUGGACGACACCAUCGCCAAGAUGUCAACUGGCCGAGAGAACUCGGAGAAGAGAAAAGAGCUGCUGUCAGAGCUAGCAGGGCAGCAGGAGAAACAUGCCACGCUGAGGAAAGAAUUACAGGCAUACCAUGACUGUGACCCCGCUGUGUUGCAGGAAAAAGCCGACAUGUCAGACAUGCUGAAGGAUGCAUCUAACCGAUGGACAGACAAUGUGUUCUCCGUGAAGUCGUGGUGUAAGAACAAAUUCAGCAUACAGGAGAGUAUGCUGAACAAGCAAUUUGACAUUCCCGAAGAUCUCGACUACCUGUCGUGACGGACUGCUGCUACAUGGAUCCUUGUCAGUGCAUGCAGCCGGCACAUGAAUGACUCACUCCACGCUAUCCUGUCAUGAUUUGUCUUCUCUGGUGACGUCAUGCUUUCUCGGAUGAUGAUGUCGUGCUCAUUCGAUGACAACAUGCUUCCUAUUGUUAUGCGUGGCAGUGAUGUCAUGCUGCCUCUGACCAAUGCAAUGAGACGUCCAAUGAUGAGGUCGUACACCAGUUGAUAAGCUCAUGCGUAUCUCUUGGUAAGUAUAUUGUCCUCUAGUCCUACCGUUGACCGUUGACCGUGUGGUGUAUGGGGCUACAUUGUAUAUUGGGUAGGUGCUAGCAUAUUCUUGUGUGCUGGGGCCACUGCUAUCGUAAGCUCCGGCUGGUCGCAUACGAGUGAGCGUAGUGUUGAGCCACUAUCCACACUCUGCGGUGGCGCUGCACUGCUACGGCUGCCAUCCACUAACACCGCUACAUGUGCUCUGCUGUGGUGCCGCGCUCUGCUGUGGUGCUGCGCUGUUACUGUGGUGCUGCGCUGUUACUGUGGUGCACUACAGUGGGUCCAAUGUUAUUAGGCAUUAUGCCUGUUUUGAUUUCCACUAUAAAUAUAGUAAACAACAACAACAACAACACUUAUACCAACACCACUACAAGCGCUCUGCUGUGCUGCUGCACUGCACUGUUGCUGCCUUGCGCUAACACCACUGCCACCCUCACUCCGCCAUGGCUUGGCGCUGCUUCUACUGUGAUCUAGUACUAGACGGAGGAGCACUUUGUUAGGUUUUUACAACACAGCCUGCUGGCGGGUUGUGCAGUGUAUUUGAAUUUUAAAAGUAUAUUAUGCCGAUACUGAAUGCGUUAUUCAAUCAACCCGCUAUUAGUAUAACUGACUCUAGUCCUAGUCAACAUCACUACUCCAUAUUCGUAUAGCAUGGUGCUCUCUACAUGUAGUCUACUUGUUUUAUUCAAAGCUCCACGUUGUUAAAAGUGAAUAAUAGCAAGAGUACAUAACCGGUUAUGUACUCUUGAUAGUAGCAAGCUCUGCUCUCUACAUGUAGAUGUAGAUGUAGGUGAAGUACUGGUACUUUUAUACUCCCUCUGAGCUGUAAACUUGUUAGGUACGGGACUCAAGUAGCUCAUACGUGUAAGACCAUAUCGUUACUCAUACGCUGUGAUGUUGCUUUUUAUCCUCCUCUUUUCUUUUUAUUACUAUGGCAGCUUGGUGACGUUUGCGCGUACAGGUACAUGUACAGCGUAUGUCA